AUGGCAAUGACGUUGCAGUGCUAUGGAGUGAGAGAAGAGAGAUGGAUCUUCGGAAUCGGCACAAAGUUUGUGGCCUCAGAUUUCCCGCCUUGGAGAUUCGUUGCCGCCAUGCCGCCAAAGGGAGUGAGCAUGGAUGAGAAGCGCCGCCGCAUCCUCGACAUCUUCAAAGAUGCACAGGUGUACUCUAUGAAAGAGAUAGAAAAAAUUGGAUCCAAAAAGGGGAUUUCCGGGAUGCAAAUACCAGAUAUUGUCAAGUCUUUAUGCGAUGACAACCUGAUCGACACAGACAAGAUAGGCUCGGGUAACUUCUAUUGGUCUCUUCCGAGCAAAGAAGGACAAAAGAAGCGCUCAAGAUUAGAGUCAUUGCAAUCUAAAGUGGACAACACGCUUUCCAAGUUGAAUAGCGAGAAAAAAAGGAAGACAGAGCUUGCAGCUGCUCGAGAAGCUACAACAUCCAGGACAAAACUCCUGGAAGAACAUAAGAAGCUGAAAGAAAAUGAGGAGCAGUUGAAAGAGGAAUUGAAGAAGUAUGCGGACAAAGAUCCAGCAGUAUUGAAAAAACUAGAAAAUGAUCUUGCAAAAGCAUUCCAAACAGCAACUUUGUGGGGCAAUAAUCUGGAAGCAGUGAGGUAUUACUUCUGCAAGAAACAUGGUAUGAGUGACAACGACAUCGAGGCCAGAUUUGAAAUUGCGGAAAAAGACCUUCAGCAAGUGGAUUGGGCAUAUUUCAACUUGCCAGAGCCCGAAGAGUGUGAAUGA